GAGCUGUCCGAUGAGACGGGAACACGUAUUCUCCGAUCUGCGAUCCUCCUGUUGAGUGUGACUGCCUUGGACUCACAGUGUGUCUCCUUCGUUUAUGUCUCUCUCGCCUCUCCUGACUCCUGCCCGAGGACCAAAAGCCGCCACGGGAAGCACAGCGUGCGCGCGGGCGAAACGGCGUGCCGAAAGUCGUGCGACAAUUCAACGGUCAUCAGCGAUUCAGCGUCAAUGAUCACAUCCGCGAGACGAUGUUGGACAGAAUUUUGUAAUAUUGUGGAGCAAAUAGGUGAUGUGACAACAUGUGUUGACAAAUGAGACAGUGAAGCUGUGUGUUGGUCACUUUCCAUUUUUGGAGAUAAAAGCGUCGAUCUGGUGAUAAAACGAAAAGAAAGAGAGCCAAUGCAAUUUCCCAUGUGACAGACGAAAUAUAGUGUGAGCAAGUACAACAUUCCCUCCAAGUUAUGUAGAUUAAGUGACACUCUCGUGACUGCUUCCGGUCCCGCCAGAAAUCCCGCCAAUGUGGCCAGUAUUUUCCAAGAUUUAACACUCUCCUCUCGCAUCCUUUUGAGUGACUGUUGAGCAAUCAGCCAGUUUCAGUGCUACCGACAAAGAGAGAGAGAGAGAGAUAAGAGAUUGCAAUUGUGAGGUGAGGGAGACGCCAGGAAAGGUGACAUCGCCGACAGCUCGACGGUUACAAUUUAAUGGUUUUCAUGAAUGGACUCGGCCCAGACCCUCUGCCAGCCAAAGAGGCAGAGGGCCCUCCAGUUCAGCUAGAACCCGUGGAUCUCAGUUUGCGAUCACCUCGUGAUACUCCCACGCGAAGCAACAACCUGAAACGACCACCCCCACCGUUGAUGUUGGCACCGCACUUGCUAGGAACAAAAAGACCAAAAGACAUUCUCUCAUCACGAAAGUACCUUAACUCCACCCUGACUGGUGUCAGUGGGAUUUCCAACAAUAACAACAGCAGCAGCAACAACAACAACAUCACCUUUCCCAAUUGCGUGACGGAGGGCGAGCACUCGGCGCCGCUCAGUGGGAUCUUGCUGCGCGGCGAGGGCAAUCUGCGUCUGCACGGUGGCCACAGUGCGCGAGUGGACUUUGGGAAGAGCAAGAAGAUCCACAAGUGCGAUGCGGACGGAUGCGACAAGGUGUACACCAAGAGUUCCCACCUCAAGGCGCACAAGAGAACGCACACAGGUGAGAAGCCGUACGUGUGCACGUGGGAGGGGUGCGUGUGGCGCUUCGCCCGGUCUGACGAACUCACGCGCCACUACCGGAAGCACACGGGUCUGCGGCCGUUCUGCUGCAAGAUGUGCACGCGCUCCUUCAGCCGCUCUGACCACCUCGCGCUCCACAUGCGGCGCCACUAGCCAGAAUCCCAGCCGCAGAAGCUGUCUUGCCACCGUUGACUCCCCUCGCUGUCUUCACGCUCUUUGCUGCAAAUGACUGCCGGCCAAUUUGUCUGCUGCGACUCUGUGUGUCACUGCGGAGAUGCGAUGCCGAGCAGAUAAGCGUGUGAUUUGCAGGAAGUGCCAUUCCAACGUCAUGGGUUGUCCAAGAGCCAGUUACGCACGCAAUAAUCCCAAUUUGCAUUGUCUGAGCAAAAGGGGAGACGGUAGAUUUUGUGGUAGAUGCUUUUCUGAUGAAUAUGUUUCUUCUUCUGUCAAUUUACUUAACGGUUGCAUGGGCAUUAAUUAUUAAAUUAUUAUGUUUUGUACAUUUUUGAACGCGGAGAAGGACAGACAAACACACUCACAAAUUACACCAACAGCCACAGAAUCCACAAUUGAUCGCUGGAGUGAUGAUGAAAAUUAAUAAUAUAUUCGUAAUAUUUAAGCCAGUUUAUGGGGCCAGUAAUGAAUUGUACAAUAAAUUAUUUAUUCUAGAAGAAUGAAGCGGAGAAAGAGUGAAAGAGAGACAGAGUGAGAGACGAGAAUACAUUCUGUAAUAAUGAUAGUAAUUUUUGUAUCCAGUGAAAUAUGGUCAGUUUUUUUUACUACACAAAAAAGAGUUAAGUUUAGAUUAUUUUUUUUUGUAAAAUUGUAAGACCUACAUUUUCCACAAUUUUAGUAUGUAAGUUUUAUAGCCCAGAAAUACUAGUUGCAAUAUUUUUUUUUCAUUCCAUCUAAUGGUUAGUUUAGAGAUUCUAUUUAAUUUUAUAACACCGUAUUAGGCGUAAUUAUUAAUUAUUUCCCAAUUGGAGAAGCAAUAAAAGUGUCCAAUUAAUUCAAGUGAAGCAUUAUGAGGUAGUACUUGAAUGUAAGAUCUGUAAUAUUGAAUCUGUUGUGCGCGAUUUUCCCUCUCAGAUAAAGAGAGUGGCGAACAUUUGAGAAUUGGGAGGAAAAACAGCGACAAAUUGACGGAAAACGCUGUGGAUUUUUUUUCUUUGAUACAUUGCAAUAAAUCUCACUAGAUAGUAAUGAGGAGAAUAGUUAAAAUAUGAAAUAUAUUUCAAUUAUGUGCAGUUCGAUUUAUGGGUAAAACGUCCUCGAGUUGAACACAUUAAUAAUCCCCAAUUAAGACAUUAAAAGACGUUACGAUUUUAUAUCCCUCCUGCCUUUUAGAGAGAGAGUGAGAGAGAGAGAGAAAAAAACAGAGAAAAGAAGUAUAACGUGUUAUAUGGAGAAUAGAUAAGGUAUAAAAAAGAAUGGUGCUAAUUGAUAUAUUCCCAAUGAAAAGCAUUAAUGAUAAAUUCCCUUCUAUUUCUUUUUCGAUAUUCUUCUUUUGAACCGUUUUAUCGUUUGGUACAAUGUAAAUAAGACCCGAUAUGAAUACUUUUUAAAGCUGUCUUGUGAUAUUUUUAAAACUAAUUAAUUACUCCGAUGAAAAUUCAAUGGAUAAAUUUCAGUGUUUCUGAGGCAAAGAAGAAAAAAAAAACAAGCAAGAUUAAAGAGAGGUGAUUAGAGUGAGUGAGAGAGAGCUUUUGGAAAGCUCUUCAGAUGAGAUAAAUUAAUCUAAUUAAGGCGAACUCACGUCUCAAUUUGGAGGAUCAUUUUUUAUAGUUGUGCAGUCAACGCACUUAAAAAACAAUCAUCUCAAUAUUCCUUUUGCAAUUAUUUGAUCUGCGUGGUGAUUUUUGAGUGCUCCCGUAAGCAAUUACCCACGGAUAAUCUUGUGUAGAUGAGAAAAAAGAGCAUCAAAUGUUGGGCGAGGAAAAAAAAGAGACAAACAGAGAGAUUGAUUGAUUUUCCCCCAGAGUGAGAGAAAUCUCCACUGAAACGAAUAAUUAAUUGUAUCGUUAAGUAAUAAUUCACACACACAAAAUCGAGAUUAUAGGUAACAAGUGUAAUGAUUUUUUAAUAUCUUCUCCAAUGUAUUUUUACUACGUGUAUUUUGUCCUUGUAAAUUGAUAUUAUUUUUUUGUCGUAUUCAGAAAUCUCUUGUACAAUGUUGAUUUUACAAUAUAAUCUGAUAU